ACUACUAUAACUUAUCAUUUCACAAUCACAAUCACCAUCACUCUCUCUCUCUCUCUCUCUCUCUCUCUCUCUCUACCAUGGCAGAGGAGGGUUUUGAACAUUACCAUAUACCACAACAAAGCAGAAGAGAAAAGCUUAGAUUUUUAUCUCAAAACCAACCAAAUUUCAUUGAAUCUUCAACAACCCUUCAUCCAAAUUAUCCACCUUUACCUUCUCCCUACGACCCUUCACUCAUUUCUUCUCUUUUCUUACCUUCAACCAACCAAAACCACAGUAUAAUGAAUCCUAACCCUUUACUUUAUCAACCACAAAACCAUGGUUACACUGAUAUUAGUGCUAGUAGUAGUAGUAACACUAACAACAAUGAAGUAAUGUUGUUAAAGUCUGAACCUUUAUCAUUAACUUUAUCAUCAAACCAAAACAAUUAUCAGAUGAAUAUUCAUAACCCUUUAGAGGUUAAUAACCUUCAGAAAUAUGGUUCUGUUAUUGAUGUUUCAAGGAACACAGUUCCAUUAGGACCAUUUACUGGUUAUGCUACUGUUUUGAAGGGAUCAAGGUUUUUGAAACCUGCUCAACAACUAUUAGAUGAGAUAUGUUAUGUUGGGAUUUGUGCUGAUGAAAAAAUUGUUACUGCUGUUGAUGCAUCUUUUAUAUUGGAAAAUCAUUAUGAACAAGAGAGUAAUGAAAUUGGUAAUGGUGUUGAUGAUAUGCUUGGUGAUGGAAAUAAUGAGAGUAGGAAGAACAAGUCUAGACUAUUAAUUGUGCUUGAUGAGAUUUGCAGGAGAUACAGACAGUACUAUCAGCAGAUUCAUGCAGUAAUAACUUCGUUUGAAUAUGUGGCCGGCCUCGGAAAUGCAGCACCGUACGCAAGUUUGGCUAUAAAUGCCAUGUCCAAACAGUUUAGAUGCGUGAAGAGUAUGAUUACUGACCAGCUUCAGUUUAUCAGUAAGUCCAAUUUUCAGAUAAGCAAUAGAAAGGAUGAAUCUCCAAGGUUUCGUAACGGUGAUGGAGCCUCUUACAGCCAAAGGCUAGCGUUUCUAGAGCACGUCCAACAACCUGUUUGGCGACCUCAAAGAGGACUCCCUGAGCGCGCUGUUAGUGUUCUCAAGGCAUGGCUGUUUGAACACUUUCUGCAUCCUUAUCCAACUGAUACUGACAAGCUAAUGUUGGCUAAACAAACCGGUCUAUCUCGUAACCAGGUAUCUAAUUGGUUUAUAAAUGCAAGAGUUAGGCUUUGGAAACCAAUGGUGGAGGAAAUACACAUGCUUGAAUCACAACAAUCUCAAAAGGAAUCAUCUCAAAGAGAAGAACAUAGGAACAAUUUCAGUGAUAACAACAUUGCUGAUCAGAAUCCAUCUUCAUCCACAGACAAGUUUCACGAUGUCACAUAUAAACGAACUAGAAAUGAACUUCACAAUAUGCCGGUGGUGAAUCAACAAGUUGGUAAUGUUGGAGUGAGCAUGAUGAAUAGCGGCGCAACAAGCAAUGGCGUAUCUCUAACACUUGGCCUUCAUCAAAAUCAUGCAAUGGGAUUAUCUGAUCAGCGAUUUGACAUGUGCGCUGCACAGCGUUUUGGUCUUGCACUUCAACCUGAUAGCUACGUCAUGAGUGGUUUUCAAUUACAGAAUCGACAAUUCGGGAGAGAUUUUAUUGGAGGGCAACUUUUGCAUGACUUUGUAGGAUGAAUCUUCAAUCUAUCUACUAACUUUGCAUUUACUAACCAUGUUUCUAUCAUUGGUUUCAUCUAUCACUAGAUAUUAGGAGAAGGAGAGUGAUUAAAAUUGGCUUCUAGUUUGGAAUUAAGUGGUAUUGUACUUGUACAUUCAUUUUAGCUAGUAGUGGUAAAAGGUUAAGUGUUGUUAAUUGAUUGUCCUUUAUUACAAUGUUUAAGGUAAAAUGGAUAUAUUUGAGUA